AUGACAUCAGAACCUAAACAUGACCAAACUAGGACAUUAGAGCCUAAACUUGACCAAACUAGGACAUCAGAAUCGAAAUAUGACCAAACUAGGGCAUCAAAAUCUAAACAUGAUCAAACUAGGACAUCAGAACGUAAACCUGACCAAACAAGGACAUCAAGGACAUCAGAACCUAAACCUGACUCAGCUAGGACAUCAGAACAACCUAACCCUCACCAAACUAGGACAUUAGAACCUAACCCUCACCAAACUAGGACAUCAGAACCUAAACAUGACCAUACUAGGACAUCAGAACCUAAACAUGACCAAACAAGGACAUCAGAGACUAAACCUGACCAAACAAGGACAUCAAGGACAUCAGAACCUAAACAUGACCAAACUAGGACAUCAGAACCUAAACAUGACCAAACUAGGACAUCAGAACCUAAACCUGACCAAACAAGGAAAUUAGAGUCUAAACAUGACCAAACUAGGACAUCAGAACCUAAACCUGACCAAACAAGGACAUCAGAACUUAAAAAUGAUCAAACUAGGACAUUAGAACCUAAACAUGACCGAACUAGGACAUCAGAACCUAAACAUGACCAGACUAGGACAUCAAAAACAUCAGAACCUAAACAUGACCAAACUAGGACAUCAGAACCUAAACCUGACCAAACAAGGACAUCAGAACUUAAAAAUGAUCAAACUAGGACAUUAGAACCUAAACAUGACCGAACUAGGACAUCAGAACCUAAACAUGACCAGACUAGGACAUCAGAACCUAAACAUGACCAAACUAGGACAUUAGAACCUAAACAUGACCGAACUAGGACAUCAGAACCUAAACCUGACUAA